AUGAGUAACUCUGGCGAAGAAAGCGACGAAAGUGGAGGUUUUAUUGAAAUCUCUGAUACCUUUUCAGCAACAGAAACCCCUUUCAGCAUGAGCGAAGAGUUGUACAAACACAUUCAACCACCCAUGCCACUGGUACCUAAAAAUCGCUAUACUGAUGAUUUACCAAGAUCUCAUCAAGACAUGCUGUAACAUUUAUCCAGGUUUUUACCACGUUUUACAGACCAUGAAGGCUUCUGCUCCCAAGGGCCAGGGACUAGUCCUACUAAUAACUCAGUUAUUGCAAGUACGUCACUUAUUUCUAUAUGCGACUCAAGGUGAUUUUUAAGCAGGAACAACAAUAUUGUAUAUGUCAAAGACCCCUCGCCUUCAGGGCAGCCUUACAACUCAAACCUCCUUAAUUUGAGGAAGUUAUUGAAAAACCAAGAAAACUCCAGGAUGGAGCCUGUAAAGCCAAAUACUUCAAUUAAACCGUAUUAUACCCCGACCUCUGAGGACCAAACUUUGGUGUUUGAAAGCAGAUUUGAGAGUGGGAAUUUGUCGAUGGCCAUUAAAAUCAGCGACAAUGAGUAUAAUUUGAUACUACAAAAUGAUAUCAAUACAAAAGGACAUACACAGUGGUUCUAUUUUAGAGUUACGAACACUACAGAAGGCUUAGCUGUCAGAUUUAAUAUUAUUAAUCUAGGGAAAAAAGACUCUUUGUACAACGAAGGGAUGAAGGUUUUGAUUCAUUCAGAAAGCGAAAAUAAGACAAACCCAGGAUGGUUUAGAGGAGGGACUGACAUUUCUUACUAUGCAAAUGGCAUAAGGAAACCAGGGAGUUCAAAAAUGUUUUAUACCAUGACUUUUGCAUAUGAAUUUAAAUAUACGAAUGAUACUGUCUUUUUCGCUUACUCUUUUCCUUAUACAUAUACAGAUUUAAUGCAGGAUUUGCAAGCUUUGGAAGACAACUAUUAUGUCAGUCAAAUUAUGGCAAGAAGACUGCUCUGUUACACAAUAGCAGGGAAUAGGUGCGAAUAUUUAACAAUUACAGCACAGGGCACGCCAGAACAGACUAAAAAGAGAAAAGGGGUAGUGAUUUCAGCGAGAGCCCACCCUGGAGAAAGUGUUGGAUCUUGGAUGAUGAAAGGGGUCAUUGAUUUCUUGACUGGAACUUCUAUUGAAGCCCAAAUGCUGAGAGAAGCUUUUGUGUUUAAGUUGAUACCCAUGAUGAACCCAGAUGGCGUCAUCAAUGGAAAUUACAGAUGCAACCUAUCGGGCGUUGACUUAAACAGAAGGAUAUGCAUAAAAUGGUGACCUAAGGCUACCUGACCUCUUGAUGCAAAUUUCUCAACCUUAUGGCCAAGGCAAAUUGGGCGAGAAAAAUCAGUCGAGAUUCAGGUCUAAUAUGGAAUUAUGUAUAUCUGAGUAGGUUUUGAAUUAUUUCUUGUGGUUUGAAAUAAGUAGCCUGACAAUAUACUUCGGGACUAUGAAGGUGGACUUCAGUGCGAUACCCAGGAGUUACGACCUUGACCUAGAAAUUAAGUAUUUUUUUGAAGCUGCUGAAGGCAGGCAACACAAAUAAAAUGGCGACGAAACCGACCCGUCCUCUCCCGAACCUGUAGUGUGAUUGGGGAUCUUGCUGCGGCCUGAAGCCAAUCCACUCAGGGAAAGGUCUGGUAUGGGUACUGGUAUUUGUGUCCGGCUAGGUUUCCCUCCCGGUCCAGCAAUGACGAUUUUCGGAUCGUCCCGACGGGACAUGGGACAAAAAAAAGGGUUUUCCUCUAGGGACUGCUGGUGCCCAAAUCGGACGGCACAGCAGAUGCCGAUAAGAGCUAGGGAGUUAAUCUCUAGCUCUAACCCUAGUCGACGACGUGAAGCAUGGUGACCCAGUCCGCCUACUUCCGGAAUUUCAUGACCAAGCCCCAUGACCGGAAGGAGCCGAGUGGUAGCCUGUGGCACUUAGGUGUACACUGGGAGCAGGGCAAGGAAAGCAAGCGAGCGACCAAAAGGAGGAAGAAAAGGAUCUACGGUCCUGGCCGGGAGCUCUUCAAUAACAUAUAAUUAAGAAUUAAGAAGAAUGCUGAAGGCAGGCACCCAAUAUUUUUGAGGCUCUGCGUUUUUCAUAUUAUCAAAAUACUUCUAUAAUACUCCUGAAGUAGGGUGCAGAUAUCCAUACCCGCCUACUCAACACUGAAGCCCUAAAAAGGCAAGGAUGAGACGAUCUCCCUUGUGCAAUUCAUUUAGCUCUGGUAUUAGGUGAAUUCCAGAGGAGAAAAAAGGUUGUAUCAAAACACUUUCGCCAUCAUCUCAUUCACCUAUUCCGAGCCGUGUGGAGCCUCAAAGCGGAUGAACCCUUAAUGAUCUUGCUGAUGCGUUACCAAUACGGCCCUCGCCCAUCUAUAAUUUAAGAUUAAGACUUAAACAGAAGGUGGAAAACUCCUUCUAAAUCUCUUCAACCUACUGUAUUUGCUGCCAAAAGGCUUAUCAAGUGUUUUGGGAAGGAAAGACCUUUAGAACUAGUCUGCGAUCUUCAUGGGCAUUCCAGAAGAAAAAACAUCUUCAUGUAUGGGUGCAACUACCCAGGUCGUCCAGAAGUGACUCGCACAUUCCCUUUCAUUUUAUCCAAAAUUUCUCCAUUUUUUUCAUACUCUUACUGCUCAUUUCGUAUGCAAAAAUCUAAAGACGCUACCUUAAGGAUUACAAUGUUCAAAGAAGCCAGAGUCCCUAACGUCUAUACAUUAGAAGCAAGCUUCUGUGGGCCAAAUUUUGGUCCAUAUGCAAGCUCCCAUCAUACAGCAAAGCAGCUACAAGAGAUGGGGAAACAAUUGUGCUUAGCCUUAGCAGUUUAUUCAGAAAUCGAUAUUCCUUUCUGUCCUGACCCUCAGCCUUCUCCUGAUGGAGAAUAUAGCAAUAAUAUAGGACUCCUCAAAAAAGGGGAUAUAGUAAAUGAGCUGAAAAAUACUAAAGAAUUGCUAGAAGACAAUGAGGAAUGUGACAGCUCAGGAAGUGAUUCAGACCCAUCUGAGGAUAACUUAGAGCCUGAAGAAUAUGCAGAAAUAAUGCCUGUGAAUAUUAGGAAGAAAAUGAUGCAGGACAAAAAAAGACCAAGCUCAGAUAAAAGACGAAAUGUUUCAAUCAGGUCUUUUAAUCCUCCCACAUCUAAAGAAAAGCCUCAAGAAACCAAAGAAAAAGAACCUGAAAUAGUAAAGUGUGCUAACUGUGGAGAAAACAUGGCUCCAGGGCAUACUUGCAAAAGCCCAGCUCAAAAACCAAAGCCUCGCCUGAGCAAUUUGUCAAGAAACAAUAACUUGUUUUCAGCAUUCCAGCCAUACUACAACGCAGCUGGCAAAAAAGUCAGAGACCAAGCCACACAAACCCCUCACUACAAAAAAGAAGAGCCUCGCUCCUCUUCAAAUUCCCAAUCCCUUGAAGUUUCCAAAGAAAGAAACCGCUCUGUGUCUCAAAAAAGCGGCCCAAAGAACUACCCUAAGCCUGAGCGCUCUUUCCACCAAAGCUUCAUCUCAUCUAAUUUAGGAGAAAUGUCUGGAACAUCCAAAUUUUGGAAGAGUGAAAAAACAGGCCUUCCAAACUUAACCAAAGGGAAAGCUUUAAGCUCGCCUUCUUGGAAACUCGGAGAAGUUUUUCCUAAAAAAUAUUAA